AGAGUAGAUAUUAUAUAAUGUUAACCUGUACCCUUUUCUGCUUCAUCAUACUUGCCUUAUUUUUAAUUUGGGAGCAUUUUAUGACCAGAAUGAGGCUUCUGUUUUCUUCCUUUGUUUCUUGGUGGGUGGAAACACGACAUGUUCAAUGUUUACAGGGAAAAAGGGGCACAAACAAGGUAAAAAAGAGCUACUUCUCAGAUUUUGGCCUGAGCUUUCUCUCCUUAUCCCCUCAAAUCUUUGUUCUGUUAUUUUCCUUUUAUUUCUAGGUUAAAAGCACUUACGGAAAAAGGAAAAUUUGAUAGUAAGAUAAUAGAAUAUUGUAAUAUGGCAAUGAAUUCCUCAGUGGAAAACAGCAUAUGUAUAAACAAAGUAUGGGUUCAAUGUGAGAAUGAAAGUUGUUUGAAAUGGAGACUGUUAUCAAAUGAAGAUAAAGCCAAAGUCAAUCACAAUGAACCAUGGUACUGCUUCAUGAACACUGACUCAAAGUACAAUAACUGCUCUGUUUCUGAAGAAGAUUUUCCUGAAGAGUCUCAGCUUCAUCAAAAUGGAUAUAGGAUCGUCUAUUCACAGCUCCCUCUUGGAAGCCUGGUUUUGGUAAAAUUAAAGAAUUGGCCAAGUUGGCCAGGGAUACUUUGCCCUGACCCUUUUAAAGGGAAGUAUGUGACCUAUGAUCUGGAUGGAGAUGUUGAACAAUAUCACGUAGAAUUCCUGGGUGAUCCCCGUUCGAGAUCAUGGAUAGAUGCAGCAUUUGUUGGACAUUAUAGUAUCACAUUAAAGCCAGAAAAAUGUAAGAAAAAUAAGUGGUAUAACAGUGCCCUACGAGAAGCAUAUCUCCUCUAUGGAUUUUCUCAUGAGCGAAGACUGGAAAGAUGCUACCUAUCAAAACAGGACAAAUCCAAAGCAGCUGGCAGACUUACUGUGGUGGCCAAGAAAAGGGUGCAAAUUUCCAAAAAUAAAACUGAAAAGAAAAAUCCCAAAUUUGGAAAAAGGAAAAGGAAAGCUGUUUUAAAAUCCUCUUUUGAAAAUGUUUGUUCAGAUGAUGCCUUAUCAAAAGAAAACAUGGUUGUCUCUGAGACAGAAUUUUUACUGAAAGAGCUGGAGCAAAUGCUAGAGCAAGCUCUGGAGCACACAACCACCCACAAGAAGUCUGAAGAGGAGCACGGAGAGGAAGCGAAUAUAGGAGAAAAGUUACCUAAAUGUGGCCCUGAAGUUCCUGUAGGCAGCUCUCUUGAAAACCACUGUGAAGAGGACUGUCUUAUAAUUGAUGGGCGAAGGUUAAAAGCUGGAGAAUGUAUUGAAAAUAUAACUAAGAAGUUUAAAGAAAUAGAUGCUUUGAUGUCUGAAUUUUAAGGCAGUAUAGAUAUUUUCAAAAGUUAAUUAUAAAAACAUUUGCAUCUUUACAUUUUCCCAAAGUUAAAACUUAAAAAUGUUUUGUGAAACAUUUUACCAAAGUUGUUAUUUAUAACUUUGUACUUCGUAUUUUUGAGAAUAUCCAUUGUUUUGAGAGAUAAUCAGAUGGUAUUUAAGUUAAUGUUGUAAUUUUAGAAUCUAAGAACCCUGGUAUUUAUAUUUGUAGAUUUUUUCUUAUUUGCCUUAAUUUUAAAAUAGUUUAUGAAACUUACUUCACAAAUACAUGCUUUAUAAUGAUUUAAUUUAGACCCUUUGUUCAAGUGUGGCUAACUGUUAAAAUGACUGCCAAUGCUAUUAUAAUUCUUACAAAUAAUUCAGAUCUAAUAUUCUUAAGAGAAUGUAUAUUUGUAGUAGAAAUAAGCUACUGCAAAAUAAAAGG